CCAAGGGUAUUUUCGUAAACUCGACACAACCAGAUGUGGUAUAAUUAACACACAAACCCUACCUCAUGUUUCUCACAACUCUGUAUUCCUAUCUCUCACUCUUUCACACUCCGAUUCUCUCUCCCUCUCUCGCGGCUAGGGUUUUAGCGCAGCUCUUUCUUCAGUUCAUUAAGAAUGGGUAAGGAAAAGGUUCACAUCAACAUUGUGGUCAUUGGCCAUGUCGACUCUGGAAAGUCGACCACAACUGGUCACUUGAUAUACAAGCUUGGAGGUAUCGACAAGCGUGUUAUUGAAAGGUUCGAGAAGGAAGCUGCUGAGAUGAACAAGAGGUCAUUCAAGUAUGCCUGGGUGCUUGACAAGCUCAAGGCUGAGCGUGAGCGUGGUAUCACCAUUGAUAUUGCCUUGUGGAAGUUUGAAACCACCAAGUACUACUGCACAGUCAUUGAUGCUCCUGGACAUCGUGAUUUCAUCAAGAACAUGAUUACUGGAACCUCCCAGGCUGAUUGUGCUGUCCUUAUUAUCGACUCCACCACUGGUGGUUUUGAAGCUGGUAUUUCCAAGGAUGGACAGACCCGUGAGCAUGCUCUCCUUGCUUUCACCCUUGGUGUCAGGCAAAUGAUUUGCUGCUGCAACAAGAUGGAUGCCACUACCCCCAAGUACUCAAAGGCCAGGUACGAUGAAAUCGUGAAGGAAGUCUCUUCCUACUUGAAGAAGGUUGGGUACAACCCUGACAAGAUUCCUUUUGUCCCCAUCUCUGGAUUUGAGGGUGACAAUAUGAUUGAGAGGUCCACCAACCUUGACUGGUACAAGGGUCCAACCCUUCUUGAGGCACUUGACCAGAUCAAUGAGCCAAAGAGGCCCUCAGACAAGCCCCUCCGUCUCCCACUUCAGGAUGUUUACAAGAUUGGAGGCAUUGGAACUGUCCCUGUGGGUCGUGUUGAGACCGGUCUCAUCAAGCCUGGUAUGGUUGUGACUUUUGGCCCCACUGGACUGACCACUGAAGUUAAGUCUGUUGAAAUGCAUCAUGAGGCUCUCCUAGAGGCUCUUCCUGGUGACAAUGUUGGCUUCAACGUUAAGAAUGUUGCUGUGAAGGAUCUCAAGCGUGGGUAUGUUGCCUCCAACUCCAAGGAUGAUCCUGCCAAGGAGGCGGCCAACUUCAGCUCCCAAGUUAUCAUCAUGAACCACCCUGGCCAGAUUGGAAAUGGUUACGCCCCUGUCCUCGAUUGCCACACCUCCCACAUUGCUGUCAAAUUUGCUGAGCUCUUGACCAAGAUUGACAGGCGAUCUGGUAAGGAGCUUGAGAAGGAGCCCAAAUUCUUGAAGAAUGGUGAUUCUGGAAUGGUUAAGAUGAUUCCCACCAAGCCCAUGGUUGUUGAAACUUUCUCCGAGUAUCCCCCACUUGGUCGUUUUGCCGUCAGGGACAUGCGUCAAACUGUGGCUGUCGGAGUCAUCAAGAGCGUGGAAAAGAAGGAUCCAUCUGGAGCCAAGGUUACCAAGUCUGCUGCCAAGAAGAAGUGAAUCGUGCUGCACCGGGUUUCUGCAAGUGAUGGCUAUCCUAGGUGUUAUAAUAAGGAAUGGGUUCUUGCUAGUAAGCUAUCAAUAGUGUGUUUAAGGUUUUGUUUAGUUGGUUAUUGCUUCAAGUCUCCACCUUCAUCACGCAGGUGCUGUUCUCAGAACUGGGUGCUUGACCGGCGGUGGCGAGGCAGCUGUGUUUUUGAGUCCUAAGUAUUUAUUCUGCUUUUUUGUUUUGUUUUUUUUUUUUUUUUUAAUGUUGUCCUGUGAGACUUAUAUUUAUUUUCAUAAGCAGCUAUGGAGUUUUAGGUCUGUACCUAAGCUGCCGGGAUGAUUACUAUUUACAUUUAUAAUUAAGUAGUUAAUUGUGUGUUUUUAUUUAAA